UCUCUUCAUUAUAUUUACGAAUGUCUUGUGAUUUGUGAAGGAAAGGGGAAAGAGAAGAGGAAUUUCAUGGAGAAAAGAGAUAAUCUAGAGGAUGUUUGGUCUAGUAGAUAUCCAAGACACCCUUCCAAAUCUACAUGGACUUGAAAUCUUUAAUAAGAUAUUCAAAAGACCACAUUCUACAUUUGCAGAAACAAGAGGUUCACCUGUGCACAAUGUCUGGGUACUGCCUGGUCAUGUCAUUGUUUCACUUGAUGAAGGACACAAAGUUCUGGCAUUUGACCUUCUUCCUGAACAGAAGCCUUGGCCUGAAGUACUGGACUUUAUGAAUGCAAACAAUGAAAGAAGAAAGAGAAGUCAUGCACAGUCAGUGUUAGACGUGUUUUGCAAUGGAUCAUCCCCAUUAUAUCUAUUUAUUGUUUUAAAAAAUGCUGAAAUUCAUGUAUGGAAGUUUACAUAUCAAGAUUACGAAUGGCAUUUUGUAAACAAAUUCAGUUUGUCAGUUGGAAAGAAUAUACAAAUUAUGGCCAUAUGUUUUGAUCGCAAAUCAAAAACCCUCUUUUGGUGUGAGCGUAGAACAACAACACAGUGCUUUGUUUGUAGAGCAACAAUUUCUACAGAAACAGAGAAGGAAUUUAUUUUGCACAAAUCAGAUAUUCUACAAAAUUGUCCCCCUAUGCAAUUGUAUCAAGUUGGACCAUGUGGCGUUCUUCUGCGUCCCACUGCCAACAGUCCCACUGGACUUACAAUGUAUUGGACUGCAGCAGCAAACAGAGUGCAGCUACACAUGUGGAACCAUCUGAACAGUGGAGCAAUUGCUUUCUCAACAUCAUCAGAUUUUCAAAGCCUUGUUACAGAGUCAAUAUCAUUGUGGAUUAAUCAAAACCCUGGCAAUCCAACUGCAAUAGCUUUCUGCACCCACCCUGUAACACAAGAGCUCAUGAUUUUGGAAUCAAAUUAUAAUGUUUACUCAACAAAAAUUGAUGCUGAUGGGAAACCAUCCUUUCGAAAACUAUGUACCUUAGCCCAUGAUAAACUUGGAGAAUUAAACCAAAGAAAAACAUAUAAAAUAAUAGCAUUCAAAAAGUUUCUUGCCCUGCUGACAGAGAGCAAUGAGCUACUUGUAUUCGAAACAUACAAAGGAAUGCAUAUGUGGACAAGUGAUUUACAAAGGAACGAAAGACCAAAUAUUUGGGUUAGCCAAGGAGAUAUACCACAGUUAGGCGUGUGGGGAACAUCAUAUAUCCAAGUUCUUGUGUCUGAAACUGUAAUGAAGCAAGCAGAAAUUAUGCUGAAGCUUGAAACCUCAGAAGGCCAGAAUUUAUCACCCCAACCACAAAGAAAGGUUUCUAAAGAGUAUACACUACAUCUGACUUUUAAGGGGAAUCACGGAAAGAAAGGAAAAGAGACUUAUGUUGUAGUGGACCAAGAAGGCGAGAACAACACACAAGGGAGUGGAAUUAGAGAGGAAAAUAGUGCAACAAGAUCUGACAAAAAAACUAGUGAUUUGCUUUUGCUGGUUUCAGAUUUUUUAAAUGACUGGAAUACCAAAAAUUUGUCCUUGGAAGUCUGCCUUUGGCUGCUGGAUGAUAGAAAAUCUAAAGCUGAAAACAAUGGCUUUCACUUUAGAACAAAAGAUGAAUUUAGGCAAAUAUAUUCUAUGUUUGACAAUCCAUGCAUAUUUCUUGCUUUGCUGCACCAAAAUAGGAAAUACAGGGUUGCUGUAGCCGAAUUGAUGAAAGAGUAUGUAGAAAAUAAAGAGAAUGGACAGUCAAAAAAUAUAGAUUCAACUUUAUUCUCAUUGAUUCAGAGAUACUCUGCUCUUAGUGAAGAUAUAUCAAAAAUUCUUGUGAACGGUGACACCAAUGGCAAAAAAUUAUCGUCUGUACCUUCACCAUUCAAAGUAAAGUUCAUGCAUGAGCUAACAAAUGAGAGUCUUUCCAAGCAAGAGAUUUGUGAAAUAAUUGAAAGCUCUGCUGAGGUAUUUCCUGAAGAAUUCAUCAGAGCACUAGUAUCAGUACUAAAUUUGAAGAAAGAAACUGAUAGUGAUUUAAUUGAGGAUGAUGCAGGGAUGUCAAAAAUACGAGAGAUUCUAUGGCGAAAUAUACUCAGGAAAGAUACUAACUCAUUUGAAAUAAUUUGCAAUUGUUUGUGGAAAGAAGCACCAAACCUACUUGUACAGUUUGUCAAGGAAGCAAGAGCUGUUGCAAUGGUCUCUGACACAUCAGAUUAUAUCCAAUUAGCCAGAAGACAGUCGCUAGUAUCAAUGGCUGACAUAUCACAACGUGCUGUGGAUUCAUUGCAAUAUCAUGUUUGUUCUGAAGAAAUAAGCAGGGAGCAAGUGAUGAUCCUUGUGAAGCUCCUUACCCUUUCAGAAUCAACAGAGUGUAUAGUCAGUGCCUGUGCCUUGUACUUGCGACGCAAAAUGUUCGCAGAAGCUGUUUCUUUGCUGGAAAGUUUUGCUUUCAGCCCCGAACUACAUGCAAGACUCUUUUUCAUGACCCUUACAGCUUUAAUUGAGAACAGGACUGUUUCCAGUUUCUCUGAAUAUUUAAGCAACAAUAUGCCGUCUAAGUUUACAGUGAUGGAAUUGAGUCGUUUGCUGCAAAACUGUGAAGGCAAUACACCGUCUGGGGAUGCAUUCGCAACUGGAGAUAGGACAAUAUUGUUUGGGCAUUUUGAACCAAUGUUAAAGGUCCUUUUAGAGAGGGAAGGGACAGAAAUGUAGAACUGAUUUUCCAAUGUCUAUUUAGUAGCGUUAACAGUUUUUCCAAGCAAUGUGUAAAAAGAGACCUUGUUGUUUGUAGACAAACAUGCAGGGUGCUUCAUUGUACAUGUUAAUUUGAUGCAGGGUGUUUCGUUGUACAUUUUAAGCUGGUACGUUUUCAUUCUCAAAUAUGCGUUAAAAUUUUUGAUGAAUUUUUGCUCUGAAAUAAUAAUAUAUAAAAUAUGAUAUAUAUCAGUUGAUCAUUUUCAAAGUACUUUUUAAUUGCUUUUUGUGUCUUUUUAUACUUAGCCAGCACAAAAUUUUGAAUUGCGAUUUAUAAAAUCUCGCAUCAUGUACACAGUUGCCUCUCGAAAUAAAAUUUUAAUGCCAUUUUGAGGUCUGUCUUUCAAAUGUUUUUAACGAUCUUAAUACAAGAAAUUAUGGUGAAAGAAAUGAGGUUAAUUAAAAAAUCGACACUUUAAUUUCGACAGGCAAUAUUUUCAAAUUUUUAGUUUCUACAUCUUUAUGGAUAAGAAGGGAGAAUAAAGCAAAAAAGGAAUUGAGAUGAAAUGACCAGUGUGUUGAGAGUCAUUUUUGUGAACGAAAUUGAUUACACUAUGUAGUGGGUCGCGGGGAACGCAUACAUAUACCUAUAUUCUAUACUGGACACAAGACGAAGUUGAGUGGAAAACAUAUCUAAUGCGGCACUAAAUUCAAAUAGGCCGGGAGCAACCCAAAUCACUUCAGUUAUGAAAAGGCAACCACAAGUGCUUCUACUUGGGCAAGCGAACAACACAUUCAACCGAAACGAGCUUUUCUUCUCGCGCACUAGUAAGGCCCCGGCCAGACAAUCGCAACACUUCGCUGAAAAUCAUUCAACAUUGAUAUUCAGUACAUAAUGAGCCUCUACCCAUUUUCUACUGCAAGUGACGCCUAGCCUGCGUCGCAGACCCAGGGGGACACCUGAUAUUUCACAGGCACCAACCCAGCGGAAGUGCAUCUCUUCAUCUUGAGAUAGAGGCUAAGAUCUAUCCUGUAUUUCGCAGCUAAUCCUAAUUUCACUUAUCAGGGUUAAAGGGUGCCUGCGUAGCUGAUUUCAUUGGAGGC